CUAGAAACGACUUAGCACACGGUUGCCCGUGCUGGCUGCGGCUCACUCUGGUUGUUUAUCGUCACCCUGUUUCAUAGGGAGUCCGCCCGCCCAUCCCCAAGGAGCAUCCCGUGCUCCUUGACCGUCAAGAUGAAUGGGGACCUGAGUCUUUCUCAGGCUCUCGGAGGACUGCGAAUAGCGAACCCAGACGAUUCCACCGAUGCUCUCCACGACGACCCGAAGCCCUCUGCGCCGCCCGACGAUGUCGACGCAAGCCCGGCACCCCCAGCAGCAUACGCCCCCAGAGACGCUUCGCAACCGCCACGCACGCUGCAUUCCUCAGAUGGCCUGCGGGUGAACCUAUCCGAAGCACCAGCUGCGGCCUCCGACUUCGCGUCACCUGCCCCAGCGACCCAAUACCUUGGCCGAGAACCCAGCACAAGGGGGUCGUCACGCUCCUACCAGCACUCCCAGCCCUCGGUUUCACGACAGGCAUCUCAGCGAGAAGGGAACCCUACCUCAUCUUCCAAACCGCAGCCGUUCGCGGGCGAUGCUCCUGUCCCGACAACGAGCGAGGAGUGGAAAGACCGCGGCGCUGCCGUGGGCGUACGCCGCGAGCUCGACAAAAGCGGCCGUCCGGUCGUUCGACAGAUCAAAAAAGGAGUGCGAGACUUUGCCUUUGGACGGGUGCUCGGGGAGGGCUCGUACAGCACAGUAUACCUGGCGACCGACCGCCAGACCCUAAAGGAGUACGCCAUCAAGGUAUUAGAAAAGAGACACAUCAUCAAGGAGAAGAAGAUCAAAUACGUCAAUAUCGAAAAGAACACCUUGAAUCGCUUGACCGAGCACCCUGGCAUCGUUCGCCUUUACUAUACGUUUCAGGAUGAGACGUCCCUCUACUACGUGCUUGAUCUGUGCAAUGGCGGCGAGCUGCUCGGCGUGCUGAAGCGGACCGGCACCUUCGAUGUUGAAUGCACGAGAUACUACGGGGCACAGAUUCUCGACGCCAUCGAGUACAUGCACUCUCGCGGCGUCAUUCACCGUGACCUGAAGCCAGAAAACGUACUGCUCGAUGAUCAGAUGCACGUCAAGAUCACAGACUUCGGCACCGCCAGACUGCUCCCCGACCCUCGAACCAACCCGGAGGCCAACUCAGACAAUACCGAUGGGCUGGAUGCGGACAAUAGGAACGGGGACGACGGCCGCGCCGCAUCCUUUGUCGGCACGGCCGAGUACGUAAGCCCCGAGCUACUCACGCAUAAGAAUGCUUGCAAGGCUAGUGACCUUUGGGCUUUUGGCUGUAUUAUCUAUCAGCUGCUGGCUGGACGGCCACCUUUUAAGGCUGGAAGCGAGUAUUUGACCUUUCAGAAAAUCGUCAACUUGGAAUACGAAUUCCCUCAAGGGUUCCCCCCUGCGGCGCGCGACCUGGUGGAGCGAUGCCUUGUUCUCGACCCGGCCAGGAGGCUCACCAUAGAGCAUAUCAAGAACCACGAGUUCUUCAACGGCCAGCCAUUUGGAAGACCCCUGUGGAGGUCAAAGGCUCCAAGGCUGCGACCAUAUGUCCCGCCGGCCCAAGAGCCAAACAUCAUCCAGCUCAACAACUUCUCAACAAGCCCCAGCACCAAUUCCCGAACGCAGCCGCCAAACAACCCGCCCAGCAAUCCGACAAACGGCGGUAGCCGACCCGCCCGCCUCAUCACCGAACUGCCUCCUCCCACACAACUGGACAUCGAAUGGUCUCCGGUGCUCACAAGAAACAACGAGCGCAUCUUGAAGCUUGGCGACCUGAUGGUCCUUUCCGCACCAAUACCCAAUGGAUCCAACGGGAAAGGGUCUGAUGAGGGCCAUAGGAAGCUUGCUCGAUUCUUUGGCGGAAGCACAACCAAGAAGCGCCAGCGACUGGUCAUGGUGACCUCGAGCGGCCGCAUCCUGCUGGCUCCAGCGGGUGGCGAAGAAAAGAGGGCAAAACAGGAGCUGUCGCUGCUGGCUCCCGACACAACCUGGAAAACUCAUCAGGAUGCCAAAGGCCAAUAUGUGUGGUGUCUGGACACAGGCGGUCAGCAUUUCACUUUUGAAGAAACCAAGUCUGCGUCCAGCUCGGGGGGCGAUCUCGCGUUUGCCGAAGAGUGGGUGGAGAGCCUAGAGAGGGCCAGAGAUUUGGCAUUAUCGCAAAACAUGGCGUCUGAUGCCGCAUUUGGCGAGAUGUCUUCAACGGUGUCGACACCAUCCAGCACUCUGGUCGGCAGAGGGAAUACCGCAGAUGGCUUCUCAGCCAACGACCGACCUUCUCGUGGCCAUUUGAGCAAAGGCCAAGCACCCUUGGAGGACCCGACGCCGGCGAAAAGGAACCGCUUCAGCAAACGACAGUCGCGCAACGGCCUAGGGCCUGCAUUUUAAAUCCC